UUGCCGCUUUCGCUGCUUACAACGGCGCAGGGCAACCCGAUGCUCGUCGAGCUCAAAUCUGGCGAGACAUUCAACGGGCAUCUCGUACAGUGCGACAACUACAUGAACCUGACACUACGUGAAGUCAUUCAGACAUCGAGAGACGGCGACCGAUUCUUCAGACUAGCAGAAGUCUACAUCCGUGGCAGUAACAUCAAAUACCUCCGUGUCCCCGACGACGUGAUUGACAAGGUUCGAGAACGCGAACGCGCAGAAUAUCAAGCGCGG